AUAUAAGUCCGAUAAGUCCGAGUGCUGACUGAUGACAGCUCUCGGCAGGCAGGAACCAAAGCUCAGUUGUUUUCCUCCUUUCUGCCCAGCAGACUCUGGAGGAAUGGUAGCCGGCUAGCUCAUCGGACGGCUUUUGUUGAAUUUGACAUUUGACCAUUUUGUAACAAAAAAAAAAUAAUGAAUUUACUACCGUCCAAUCCACAUGGAAACGGGCUCCUUUAUGCUGGAUUUAACCAGGAUCAUGGAUGCUUUGCCUGUGGAAUGGAGAAUGGAUUCCGUGUGUACAAUACAGACCCUCUCAAAGAGAAGGAGAAACAAGAGUUCUUGGAGGGUGGGGUUGGCCAUGUGGAGAUGCUGUUCAGGUGUAACUACCUAGCACUGGUUGGGGGAGGAAAGAAACCCAAGUACCCAACUAACAAAGUUAUGAUUUGGGAUGACCUGAAGAAGAAGACAGUCAUUGAGAUUGAGUUCUCAACAGAAGUCAAAGCAGUGAAGCUUCGGCGCGAUAGGAUUGUGGUAGUUCUGGACUCAAUGAUCAAAGUCUUCACAUUCACCCACAACCCCCAUCAGCUGCAUGUGUUUGAGACCUGCUACAACCCCAAAGGUCUGUGUGUGCUGUGUCCCAACAGCAACAACUCUCUCUUGGCAUUCCCUGGUACCCAUUCAGGCCAUGUUCAGAUUGUAGACCUGGCCAACACAGAGAAGCCCCCUGUUGACAUCCCCGCCCAUGAGGGAGCUCUGUGCUGCAUCGCCCUCAACCUGCAGGGCACAAGGAUAGCUACCGCGUCAGAGAAAGGGACUCUUAUAAGAAUUUUUGACACCUCUGCGGGUCAGCUAAUCCAGGAGCUGAGACGAGGUUCUCAGGCAGCUAACAUUUACUGCAUUAAUUUCAACCAGGACGCAUCCCUUAUCUGUGUGUCCAGUGACCAUGGCACAGUGCACAUCUUCGCAGCAGAGGACCCCAAAAGGAACAAACAGUCAAGCUUGGCAUCAGCCAGCUUUCUUCCCAAAUACUUCAGCUCCAAAUGGAGCUUCUCCAAGUUCCAGGUCCCCUCAGGCUCCCCGUGUGUGUGUGCCUUUGGAACAGAGCCCAAUGCCGUCAUAGCCAUUUGUGCUGACGGAAGCUACUACAAGUUCCUGUUCAACCAGAAAGGGGAGUGUUCCAGGGACGUCUACGCCCAGUUCCUGGAGAUGACUGAUGAGAAGAUAUGACCUUUGACUCCCUUGCAGACUCACUAUACGCAGCCUUGUUUUACUUUUUUCGGAGGGAGGAGAUGUCCGGUGACACAUCCCUCCUUAUCUUAAUAGACUCUGCACCAGAGCAUCAAAAGGAGGGAGGAAAAAAAAGAGAAGCAGCAGCACAGACUGAGGGAGUCUCACUGCACAGAUAGAUGGAAUGCAGCCUCCUUUUCAGACAUGAACUUUUGAAGAUUGUCUCUGGACAGUCGGCGGACACGACUCCCAAACCAAACACGAGAGGGAGAAAGAGGGAAAGCUAUUUUUUUGAAAGGAAAAUGUACUUUUUAAGAUGUCUUCCGUGGAAUUUACAAUGGAUGGCUAUUUUUUAAAUUGCAUUCUUGAUUCUGAUAGGUAGAUGGAUUGAAAAAAAAAAAACAACAAAAACAAAUUAACUAACACCACCUAACCUAACUCUAGGGAGUGCCUAUGAACUGAGUCGCGACUGGAGAGCGAGUGUACGUGUGUGUGCACAUAUAUUGUCAUAUAUGUAUGUGUAUAAAUACAAAUGUACCAUAUUUAGCAGUGCGCAAAGCAGGGUCAGUGAACUCACUGAUGGGCUGUCUGUGUUUUUCCUCUAUUCCUGGUGUUGCAGCAUUCAGUUUUGCUUCCGCAUCUGUCUGCGCAGUUCAUAUUCCACUUCAGACAUGGCUGAACAGGCACUGGUCCUGCUUUGUGACACGUCAUCCUGAGUAUUACUAGAUUUUGCUUAUAUUCACUGUAUAAACACAACACACCAGACUGAAUAUGUAACUACAUAGAACUGUACAGAAUAGUAGCAAGA